AUGUCGUCUCUGCGCUCAGAUCUGACGACCUCCUCCCGAGUCUACCCAGAGCCCUCUUACAUGGACGACGACCUCUUCGAUCGCCUCCCGGACUCCCUCCUCCUCCUAGUCUUCAACAAGAUCGGCGACGUCAAGGCCCUAGGCCGAUGCUGCGUCGUUUCGCGCCGCUUCCACUCCCUCGUCCCCCAAGUCGAAAACGUCGUCGUCCGCGUCGACUGCGUUAUCUCCGACGACGAAUCUUCCCCCUCGUCCGCAUCCUCCUCAUCUUCCUCCGACAAGUCCCGGACCCCUUUCUCCGCCCUCUUCCGCCUUGUCCUCGGCGGCAUUGUCAAGCCUCUCCAGGCCCUCGGCCAGUUCCUGGGCCCCACAAGACGAUCCACAAAUGGGUCCCACUCCGCUCUCGCCGUCGACGACCCCGACUCAUCCGCCGCUGACAGUAGCAGCUUCGACCAAUCUGGCGUCACCCACCACUCCCCGACUCAAGUCCUUAAGAACUUCAAUGAGAUUCGCUUCCUCCGGAUCGAGCUCCCCAGCGGCGAGCUCGGCAUCGACGAUGGCGUUUUGCUCAAAUGGAGGGCCGAUUUUGGCUCCACCUUAGACAACUGCGUCAUCCUCGGAGCCUCCUCGGUCAUCCACCCGGGACCCACCAAAAUUUCCGAUGUUCAGGACAAUGGGUCAGAUGGGUUUUGCGCCAACACCAACGGCGCCGUUUCGGACGACAACGGAAGCAUACCCGACUCGUUUUACACCAACGGAGGCCUGAAGUUGAGGGUGGUCUGGACGAUAAGCUCGUUGAUCGCAGCCUCGGCCAGGCACUACCUGCUUCAGCCCAUCAUUUCCGAGCACAAAACGCUUGAUAGCUUGGUGCUGACCGAUGCUGAUGGGCAGGGGGUGUUGUACAUGAACAGGGACCAGCUGGAGGAGCUGAGGGUGAAGCCAUUGUCGGCCUCUUCUGCGUCGAAGAGGACGCUCGUGCCUGCCCUGAAUAUGAGGCUUUGGUAUGCGCCCCACUUGGAAUUGCCUGAUGGGGUUGUGUUAAAGGGUGCAACUUUGGUUGCUAUAAGGCCCAGUGAGCAAUCUGCGACCUCGAAGAAGGAGGUCUCUUCUGAUCUGUCAUGGGUUUCAACGGCCUUUGAAGAGCCGUACGGGACGGCGGCCAAGAUGCUGAUCAAGAGGCGUACUUACUGUCUUGAGAUGAACUCCUUCUGA